UAUCCACAUUCUCAGUCCAUACAUCACUCAAAACACCAAGAGAAUAAAUUCUUCCAAAAAAAGCAAAAAAUCAAUGGAGAGAGCAAAGUCGAGGAAGCCUCAUAUCAUGAUGAUACCAUAUCCACUUCAAGGUCACGUUAUCCCUUUUGUCCACUUAGCCAUCAAACUUGCUUCUCAUGGCUUCACCAUCACUUUCGUCAACACCGACUCCAUCCACCACCACAUCUCCACGGCUCAUCACGGUGACCCCGGUGACAUCUUCUCCGCCGCUCGCAGCUCCGGCAAGCUCGAUAUACGUUACACCACCGUGACUGACGGCUUCCCUUUGGACUUUGACCGCUCACUUAACCAUGACCAGUUUUUCGAAGGCAUUCUUCACGUCUUCUCUGCCCACGUGGAUGAUCUCAUCGCUACACUCUCCCGCCGGGAUGAUCCUCCGGUGACUUGCUUGAUCGCCGACACGUUUUAUGUUUGGUCAUCUAUGAUUUGCGACAAGCACAACCUCGUUAAUGUCUCGUUUUGGACCGAACCAGCCUUAGUCCUCAAUCUCUAUUAUCACAUGGAUCUCCUCAUAUCUAACGGUCAUUUCAAAUCUCUUGAUAAUCGUAAAGACGUGAUCGAUUACGUACCAGGGGUUAAAGCAAUAGACCCAAAGGACUUGAUGUCAUAUCUUCAAGUAAGCGACAAAGACGUAGACACAAAUACAGUAGUCUAUAGAAUAUUAUUCAAGGCCUUUAAAGACGUCAAGAGAGCCGACUUCGUCUUAUGCAACACAGUGCAAGAGCUCGAACCAGACUCUCUCUCGGCUCUACAAGCCAAACAACCGGUUUACGCUAUCGGUCCGGUUUUCUCAACUGAUUCGGUUGUCCCCACAAGCUUAUGGGCCGAGUCAGACUGCACCGAGUGGCUUAAGGGCCGGCCCAACGGGUCAGUUCUCUACGUCUCGUUUGGUAGCUAUGCACAUGUUGGUAAGAAAGAGAUUGUUGAGAUAGCUCAUGGGCUUUUGCUAAGUGGGAUUAGUUUCAUUUGGGUUUUACGUCCGGAUAUAGUUGGAUCCGACGUCCCAGAUUUUCUUCCAGUUGGGUUUAUGGACCAAGCCAAAGAUCGAGGUCUUGUGGUCCAGUGGUGUUGCCAGAUGGCAGUAAUUUCAAAUCCAGCCGUGGGAGAUCAAUUCACGAAUAGGAAGCUUGUGGUUGAUGAUUGGUGCAUUGGGAUUGACCUUUGUGAGAAGAAGACAAUCACAAGGGACCAAGUCUCAGAGAAUGUUAGAAGAUUGAUGAUGGAUGGAGAAACUUCAAGUGAGCUAAGAAACAACGUUGAAAAGGUUAAACGUCAUCUCAAAGCUGCGGUUACAGCCGUUGGAUCUUCGGAGACUAAUUUUAACUUGUUUGUUAGUGAGCGAAGACACAGAGCCAUGGUUGCUUGGAGAUUUGCGGUAUCGAUGGCGAUUGAUCAAGGUAGGGAAGAGAGAAGACUGUGUAUGUUCUCGGUCGAAGACAUCGGAGGAAUGCAUGAGUUCAAGCAAUUAGGCUCAAGCGAUGAAAUCAGAGAUUCAAAGAUUAUUCAAGAAAGAAGAGGUUUGAGGCUGCUGCAGAACACUAGAUCAAAGGGAAAAUUUACGAUCGGUGUUGAUGAUAUCUAGAUGCUGAAUGAUGGAGAUUAUUCAUUGGUAAUGUUGAAGCGUCUGUUACAAGAAUUUGUGAGUU